GUAACUGACAUGUUUUACUGCAGAGGAGCUCACACACCAAGCAGCGCCGUAAACAACUAGAGAAGACCUCAGAGGAAAUAAUACCAUGGCUACUCACGUUAGCAUGUGCUACCGCUUGUUUGAUAGACAUAGAAGUUCAGCACAUUUCAGAAAACUCUUCGUCCAAUGCUUAAACGGGAACAUUCAGCGACCCUAUUCCGGUGCUACGCAUAAGGAAAAUGAACUUGAACUUGGAGACUCGACUGCUUCAUCUGCUCCCAACUUCGCCUCAUCUCUAAAAACCAGGUCAAGCCAGGAGAGGCUAAGAGAGGAGAGCAUACUUCCCUUUUCAGCGUUCUUGACUGACAACUUUGGCCGGAGGCACAGCUACCUGCGCAUGUCCCUGACGGAGAAAUGCAACCUGCGCUGUCAGUACUGCAUGCCAGAGGACGGGGUGAAGCUUACACCACGGAGCCAACUGCUGUCCACCUCCGAAGUACUAACCCUGGCUCGCCUCUUCGUCCAGGAGGGGGUGGAGAAAAUCCGCCUCACUGGAGGAGAGCCCCUCAUCAGACCUGAUGUGCUGGAUAUCAUCGCAGAACUGAGGAAGUUGGAGGGCCUGAAAACCAUUGCUGUGACAACCAACGGCAUGAACUUGGCCAGGCUUCUGCCUAAGCUUAAAGAUGCUGGUCUCGACCUGAUAAACAUCAGCCUGGAUUCACUGGUCCCUGCCAAAUUUGAGUUCAUUGUCAGGCGGAAAGGAUUCCACAAAGUCAUGGAGGGCAUUGAUAAGGCCAUUGAAAUGGGCUACAACCCAGUCAAGGUUAACUGCGUGGUCAUGCGAGGACUCAACGAGGAUGAGCUGUUAGAUUUUGUGGCGCUGACAGAGAAGAAGCCUCUGGAGGUGCGCUUCAUCGAAUACAUGCCCUUUGAUGGCAACAAGUGGAACUUCAAGAAGAUGGUGAGUUACCAGGAGAUGCUGGACCACAUCAGGCAGCAGUGGCCCAACCUGGAAAAGCUUCAAACUGGACAAACAGAAACUGCCAAGACGUUUAAAGUGCCAGGCUUCAAAGGUCAGGUGGGCUUCAUCACCUCCAUGUCUGACCAUUUCUGUGGCUCCUGCAACCGUUUACGUAUCACUGCAGAUGGCAGCCUCAAGGUGUGUCUGUUUGGGAACUCCGAGGUGUCUCUGAGAGAUGUCUUGCGCUCCGGGGCGUCAAAUGAGGAGCUACUGCAAAUCAUUGGAGCUGCUGUCGGCAGGAAGAAGAAACAACACGCAGGCAUGUUCAGUAUCUCCCAGAUGAAGAACAGGCCUAUGAUCCUCAUUGAAGGCACCGCAUCCCAAAGGCUUUUGUCUCUGUCAAAGGCACAAGACAGCCAGAGAGCUUCCCCCAAUGUUUCCCGUCUUACAAACGACACGUUCCUCUCUCCAACAGCAGCUCCUCACAUGUCCCGCUCAGGCAGCAGGACACACCUGAACAGAGAGGGGUUUCUGUGCCUUCCAGACUGCACUACUUCAACACAGGCGGCCCAUGUUUGCUGCUCUAGAACCUUAAUAAGUGGGGGUACCCAUAUUAGCUCACAAAUCAACGAAGAAAAACCUAACGCGAUGGACAGCCUCCGCAGAGCAGCCCCCCUUCCCUCCUCUGAGUUUGGUAAUGGUAAAGCUGCAAGUUUUACUGCAUGCACCACUGUUACGAGCUACAUUAAUGAAGGCCAUCUCAGGUACGCACAAGCCAGGGGUCAUAAUGCUUUGAAGAGCCACUUACUCAGGACCCCAGGAACGCCUAUUUUUGCACACUACUAAUGA